GACAUCAAAAGAAGUCGUACUUACAUGUAGUUACGUGAGAACUCUCCUUUAUUGUACACAGUAAAUUGUGCGCAAGGUUAUAACGUCGAAUUUAAAAAUACAAGUUAUUUCGGGAUAAUGUUACUGUUUUAAAACUGGUGAUGUAAUCGAAAAGCACUAGAAAAAAAACAUUUUUAAGUAAUGGCUCUUGCUAAUAUCUCUGGUAUCCCUGAUAAACACUGGCAACCACCGUUUGUAGCGCUUGAAACUACAAUGGGUGAACUAGUUAUUGAGCUUUAUUGGAAACACGUACCAAUUACAUGUAGGAAUUUUGCUGAACUUACACGACGUGGAUAUUACAAUGGAACAAAAUUUCAUAGAGUCAUUAGGGAUUUCAUGAUACAAGGCGGAGAUCCUACGGGAACAGGAAAAGGUGGUGUAUCUAUUUAUGGAGAAUGUUUCGACGAUGAAAUACACGAUGAUUUAAAACAUACAGGUGCUGGGAUAGUAUCAAUGGCUAAUUCUGGACCAGACACUAAUGGAUCACAAUUUUUUAUUACAUUAGCACCUACACAGUGGCUUGAUGGGAAACACACCAUUUUUGGUCGAAUUCAUACAGGUAUGGCAAUAGUAAAGAGGAUUGGUUUAGUUGAAACUGAUAAAAAUGAUAGACCUGUUGAUGAUAUAAAAAUUGUUAAAGGAUCUGUAAGGAAUGCGUAAUAAAAUAAAAACACUUUAUUAUUUAUA